CGAGCUUCCUGUGCAACCUCGAAAUUCUUCCCCUCAGCAGAUGCAAGUAUUAUGAUAAAACUGGAACCAGAGUGUGUGAUCCAGACUUGUGGAGAAGACACAGUUGCAUAAAGAAAAACAUUCUUCAGAAUAUAAAGCAGAAUGGCAUCCCAUUCUUCACACUUGCCCCAUGACCGGAGCAGACCAGAGGAGGAAAAUGAUUUGGUAGAUCAGCUGAUCUCUAGGACAGGUUGUUCUGCACUGCAUUAUGCAAUUCAGGAGUGCAUGGCAGAGCAUGAAGACUGGAGGAAAUGCAAGACACAGGUUCAGGACUUCAAAGAGUGCAUGAUGCCAUUCCAGAAAGCUCGGAUGGAGCAGCUGGUAAAACAUAAAGAUUCAGCCACAGAGAACAUUUGAUGAAAAGAUUCCUGUUAAAGCCACAUCUCUAUUAAAGAAGACAUCAUUUUGUGACUUCAGGUUACCUUUAUCACAGAUAUAAUUACAAAGGAACAUUGUGAAUAUCAUAAGAUUGAUUGUUCCCAAAUAUUUUAGCAGUACUGAGGAUUGUCCUCUUUGAAUUUAAGUAUUUAAUAAAUUAAAGAACAUUUACGGUGAAGGUGAAAUUCACUUACAUGACAUUGCUUACAGAAUACAGAAAUUCAGUAAGUUGUAUAUAAUUGUACUGCUAAACUCAUCAAAUAGUUAUUCUUAUUGCGAAACACUGGAAAUUUCUUCCAUGAUGAUCUCUUGCUUGCGGCAUAACCUUUAUGAUGUUAAUUGCAUUUAAUUACCCAUGACACAAUUUUUUUUACUUGUUUUGUUUCGAAGUACUUUACAAAGAUUGGCUAAAUACUUGUGUCCUUACUGUGAAUAUGGUAGGAUCUUAAUCUUAGUUUUAAGAAGUAGAACUCAACAGCAAUGGUGGAGAUGUCUCCAUAGCCCACAAAUCUAAUCCAACUUUUUACAAAUUUACAUGCCAGAAAUGCCUUAAAAAUAAUUCAAACAGGAAGGAAGUAAAAAAAUUGAUUCUGCUGUGAUCAUGACCCUGUUUGGAACAAAUACAAAAUGUAAUUAGUUCAACCGAUGAUUACCAUGAUAAUUCCAUAUAAAUCCUAACCCUUCACUUAUUUUAUUUUUUAAGUUUCAAAAUUUAUCUUGGCAUUCUUUAUGUAUUAAUAAGUGUAGUGCAAUGUUACUACUAUGAAAUAAGAGAUGCACUAAUAUUCAGGUUUUCAUGGUCAUCCUGAAAAAUUCAGGUUUUCAUGGUCAUCCUGCUGUGACCUGCUGUGAAAAACAAAUUUAUGAUUGCUUUACUCAUGUACAACUAAACAAACAUCUCCAUAAGAAACAGAAAAAUAGUGUACAGAAUGUAUAUGGAAUUGCCCAAUAUGCAUAGAAGCUAUUUAAGCAGCCUUUUCAAUUUACAUAAACUAAAUAAAUUUGGUCUGUAAUGUAACAUUUUGAAAUAUUGACAUAGAGCAAUGAUGAAUGGCAAUGUUAGGAUUGUAUUAGCAGACACGUUAUAUCAAAUUGCAUCUACUGAAAUGUUACAGUAGAUAAUGUUGAAUAUUUAAAUAAUGGAACAAUUGAUGCUCAAUGCUUCCUUACCCUGCUUUCUGAAGAGGCUGACAUCCCCUCAGAGAACUGAGUAUUAUUGUUGCAUAAUUAAAAUAAAAAAUAAAUAUAAACUUUUUUUAGUGAUUCUCAAGAACAAAACUAGAUCCACAAGUAAUUAAA